UAUCCGCGAUUCAUAAAGGAAUCAUCGAUUUUUUAGUUCUGUAAUUCGUUGAAUACUUGAAAAUUUCAUUUCACUAAGAAAUUCGGAAAUACCAAAAAAGCUCGUUAUUCGAAGGAUCAGUUUGUAAACAUAUAUAUUAACUGAGAACAUUUAUAAUUUAUGAUUAGUUAUAUAUCGCUUAUUCAUAUAUAAUAUUAUCAAGCAAAAGAUAACAGAGUUUCACCGAUUGAAAAUUUUUAUGUUAGGCUUACCUAAUCGACAAGGUGGACAAGAUAAAUAAACUUUAAUAUGGUAUAUUACGUUGCAGCUUUUAAACAUUGAUCAUGUGUUGUGAUCAGAUUGUGUAUAUGAAUAUAAAUACAAAUGUAAAAAUAUGUUUACAUUUUGAGAACUAGGACUUGUAACAGAACCUCGUAUUUGUCUCAAUAGCUUGAAAAACAAAAGUGAUUCAACGACUUUUAUCUGCACAAUACCGCAUAGCAGGUGGUUAAUUUACGAAAAUUCGCUCGCGUAUUUACUGCAAACGAGGCGUAAGGAUAACGAAACGGAUAAAAAAAUGAACACAAGUACACUUUUCAGCAGUUACUCUGCAUCGUAUCCGCAGACGAACACAUCUUACCUAACUACCAACAACGCGUGUCAAUAUUCUCAUUGGAAUCAAAACAUGACGUUUACACCGACGUUAUGUGACGCUACCGGAGCCGGGAUGCGAGGGAUUCCGAAAAAAGAGCAACGUAUUCGACGUCCGAUGAACGCUUUCAUGGUUUGGGCCAAAAAGGAGCGGAAAUCGAUGGCGGAGCAGAAUCCCGAUGUCCAUAAUGCGGAUCUCAGCAAAAUGCUCGGUGACAAAUGGAAGCAGCUAAACGCCGAUGAAAAGAAGAUCUAUACCGACGAGGCUGAGCGACUCCGACAGGAGCACAUGAAGCUCUAUCCAGACUAUAAAUACCGACCACGACGACGGAAAACAUCGAAGAAGUCCGAAAGUGCUGCUAAUCAAAACUCCGGUGCCGCCUACAUCCCAGCCAAACCAUAUCAAGUCCCGAACGCCCACACUCGGCGCUCGAACAGUUUUUGUUAUGAGGACAUGAGGCAACCGAAAUAUGGAAACAGCGGGUUAGAGUACCCAUACAGCUCGAGCGUCCCUGUAACCGCUGUUGGCUACGGUGGCUACGGUAUUAACGUGCCGUACAGCCCACGGACAACAUCUACCCCAGAGUCGAAUCUUUCAAGCAGCCCAGAGACAUUUGCACAUGACCAGUACGAGAUGUCUGAGGGUGCGUACUAUAGUUCAUGCUGCUCGUAUGAGGCGCAAGUAAAUGCUGCUGGAAGUAUUUCCCUGAAAAGUAUACCGGUCCCCAUAUGCCCCGAGUACCAGCGAGAUAACGGCAAUACGCAUGCACGUGUUGCAAUGGAAGUCAGAAAUACUAAUGAAAGGGCCACGAAAGGAGCUACCAAUGGCAAAGGCUCUGAUAGCCAUAUAAUGUCAACAGCCAUUUUGAGCGAUAUUGAUGGCCUGAAACCCGAGGAAUUUGAUCAAUAUCUUCCCACUAUAAAAUUAAAGGCGGACUUUAAUUCAAAUGUGGUUACGAGCAACCACAACAACGAUGGGGCGAACUCCGGACAGGGGAAGACGUAUGAACGUUGCCAUGUGUGGUGUUCUCAGGGCGCUGCAGUGAAAAUUGAAAGCACAGAAAAUGAUGACAUGGAUGAUACUAAGCCCAACCCGACAGGAGUGUUUGCCUUUGAAUAUGACGACGCUCAGCCUUUCAUUAAUGCUAUAACAACUGAUAAAUAAACUCAAAAUGGUUAACAGGGAAUGAAACAUGUUUUAGCAUUUUGAUAGAGAAAAAAUGCAAAAAACAGUAGGCUUCACACUUAUGCUGUUAGAAAAUUGUAAAAACUGACUAUUUCAAAUUUCCUUUUUUAAAGCAUAAAAAAACAAUAACAAAAAAAAUAACAAAAAAAAUAGUGUAUUUAUUAUUUGAGGGAAAAAAUAAUAAUAAUUCGACAGUGAAUGGACGACUGUUGCAAAUGAAAUUCAACUGAUAAAAAUAUUGAUCUGUUAAAUUUAGUGCAAACACUUUGAAAAAAAGGCUGUUCAUGAUUAAGAUGUAUCGUCCUGUAAUUUGCUGGCUUUGUUGUUAUUGUUGUUAAGUCAGCAUAAAACUUAUAGUUUCUCAAUUACGAUAGCUCUGUAUAUUUUCAAAUUCCAUAAUACUAAUAAAAUUAUGAGCGUCAGGUAUGUAUUUAUUCUUGAGCUUUAUCAUUGUUUUACAUUUAUACAUGUAUCUUACUGUUUUGGUCUGUAAAUAGAUUUUGAUAACUUCUAUACAGUCGAACACCGUUGGCUCGAACUCCCUGCGGCCGGCGAAAAUACCUCGAGCCUCGGAAGAUUCGAGCCAAGCGGGAGAUAUUACCUUCAGAAUAAUUAAAUGGGUCCUCAACAUCCAGUUCGAACCAACGAGUAGUUCGAGCCAAACAUGUUUUAGCCAACGGAGUUCGACUUUAUUGAUAUCUUUGUUAUAAUUUUAUGUUAUGUUGUUAACGCUGUAAUUUCCGAUUUGAUAUGAAUUUGAUAUAAAAUGAAUCAGAUAGCCAUAACGAGAUUAUUUUAUAUAUGAUUUUAUUUAUUUAUUUAUACAUUUUGUACAAAUACAUGUACUGCCAUUCGUUCUAAACCAUGAAUGUGAAAAUGUGUACAUAUAUACAAACAUCCAUACCACUGCAUAAUCUCAUUUUAUUCAAUAUAAUUGCUGUUAUUUCUAGAUUAUUUAGCAGGAAAAUCGUGUUUUAUCAUUAAUUUACGAGAGAUGCAUGUUUCUCGCAUGCAAAACUGCAAUUCUCCACACACCUUAAGAAUAAACUCAUUUCUAUUGUUUCAUUCUUGAAAACUUGUUUGUAUGGCGCGCAGGUCGUACCAAAUACCAUAAAAUGUAUGAUCCAAACAAUGGUUACAUUGUUCUUUUGUUUGAAAUGUAAUUACUGUGUUAAAAUGUUAUUUGUGUCUCAUGUCUGUUUUUGAAUUGUACAUAUAUUACAAAUUAUGUGGAUACAUGUUUAAUGGAACGUCAAAAACGUAUAUUUUUAUAUAAAUAUUAAAUGUAAAUAUCAAUAAUUACAUCAAAGUCCUCUUCAACUUUACAACAUAUUUUUUUUCUAAAAACGUUUCGGCCAGUAUGCAAAAAUGACAUCAUGGCAGAAAAUGACGUCAUGAACAGGAAAUGACGUCAAAGUCAAAUGACGUUGGGUUUUUUUAAUGUUAACAUGUAAAAAGUUACAUUACCAUAAUAUGAAUAUUAAAUAUUCAGCCAAUAAAUAAAACACUUAAGUUGUUUAUAUAUGUUUAUCAGGGAAAUAGAGGAAUGUAUGUAUAUCUACUGAUAAACAGUUAUAAAUGAUAAUGAUAUUGAAUAAAUCUAGUGUGUCUGACAAGUAUACAAACUGUUAAACUCUGCUUUAUAUAAUUAAAAUAGCUAUGUUUUCUUCUUCUAAAAAAAAACCUAUUCUUGAAUGCGUGUACUUUUGUAUGUGAUGAAAAAUGAACACAAAUGAUCUAAAUAAA